CUCCGAGUCCAGGCCCCACCGCAUCACCUGCGGCCGGGGGCGGGGUGUGGGAUUCGCUAGGUAUGGGCGCCGGUGCACGAGUGAGGGGCACUUACAGGCAGCAGGCGGUGACCUCGUAUUACAACGACCCGCUGGAGCACGCAUGUCACCUGCAGAUCAUGCGAUUCAUUGUCGAGAGCGGCAUGCCGUUCGACUGUGUGAAGCUUGAGAGCUUCAAACGCAUGUUGACGUUGAUCAUCCCGCCUGGGGUUCCAGGAGUCCCCACCCCAAAACCCCCAACGUAUCACAUGAUUUGUACCACACUUUCGGAUGAGCUUGAUGUGGAAGUCCAAAAGUGUGUGAAACCUGUCCUCGCUACUGCAGCUACCUACAGUUGCACGAUAAUGACAGACGGUUGGACCAACAUUCGGGGCCAAACGUUGUGCAACUAUCUCAUCGGCAUUACACGGGGCGCCACAUACGUCGCGACAGAUGUUAUGCGAGGAAAGAAGGAUGCCACUGCUCUGGCGCAGGCUUGGCUGCGAAGGUUGAAGUCCCUUGACAUCAAGCUCGCCGACAUCACCGCUUUCGUCACAGACUCUGCCAGUUCGAACGUUUCUGUGAUGGAGGUGUUCCAAAAGGAUGAGAGUGUCAAGCACAUCUUCUGGAUUCCUUGUGUGGCACACGUCAUGGACCUCAUCCUUGAGGACAUCGGCGGCAUUAACUGGGUGGCGACCCGCAUUGCUCAGGCGUGUUUGGUCACAAAGUUUUUCAAGCGUCAUAGCCACGCUCGCGAAGUCUUGCAAGCUUUCACGACGAAGGCUCUGCUGCUUCCCGCCGAGACUCGCUUCGGUACGCAUGUGAUUAUGAUGCGACGACUUCUUCUGCUGCAAUCGCAUCUUAUGCAGGUGGUCGUUGAUGAUCGAUGGAAGGACACUGUUUGGUCAACGAAGAAGAUUCGAGACGACGACGCGGAGGUCACAGCAUGUGUCGGUUGUCCUCAAUGGUGGGAGGAUAUGAGAGCGUUGUGCAAGUUGUUGGAUCCCAUCAUGGACAUGCUGCAGAUGGUGGACAGCGACACGAGGCAGAUUGGCAAGAUUCUGCAUCGGUACGACGAGAUGAUCGCGCGUUGUUUGUCUGCAUGUGCCGCUUUGGAGAAGGACGAGCAGGACGCGCUGCUUGAAGUGUUUGACAGACGCCGCACCAUUUUUAAGUCGCCUGCUCAUGUUGCUGCCAUGAUGUUGGACCCCGAGUUUCGAGACCGCACGAUGCCAGAUGACGAGGAGAUGCAGCACGGUUUGAAACUCGCUCUGAUUCAGUUUGGGUACCCGGAACAUUCGGAUCAGCACAACGAGGUCCUCACUGCCAUUGACAAGUUCCAUUCCAGGGAGCCGCCGUUCGACGACGUGGCCAUGGACCGGGCGGCGAGGAGCUAUACCCAUUUAGACUGUUUCUGGGAGUCGAAGGAGAAGAGGUUCCCGCACACGGCCUUCUUCGCUGGCAGGAUACUGCGUGUGUGGGCAACUGCGUCGCCUUGCGAGAGAGCUUGGUCCCGUUGGAGUUUCAUCCACUCCAAAUCUCGUAACAGAUUGGAGGUGGCGCGGGCCGAGAAGCUCGUGCGAUGCCAUUGGAACCUUCGGCUCCUCGACAGGCAGGCUAUGUCGGACGAUGCUCCCAGUGACAGGCCACAUCCAUAUGGGAGCUGGGUGCACUACUGGCAGCAAGUGGAGGAGGAGGUGCCCACCGACCAGCAGCUUGUGGCAGACCGAGGAGCCCGUGUAACGGUCACGAAGGAGGAGUUGACGCAGGYGAGAGAGAGGAUGCGCGUCGUGUCCCGCAUGGGAGCCACUCGUCGCUUGCGGGAGUCUGACAGGAGGAGGUGUCGUGGCGGCGGUCGCGGAGGUGGUCGUCGGGGCGGUCGCGGGCGAGGCGGGCGUGGAGCUCCGAUGGGGCCUUCCGCAGCAGUCCCAGAAUCACAACAGGGUUCAACACCGUUGAUGCGUCAUCCCGAGGUUCAGGGAGAGAUCAGUCCUCUCCCGGCAGUGCGGGACGAGGGUUCUGUCGGUGCACUGCAUCCACUCACGUCUGUCGGAGCGGCAGUCUCAGUUGCAGCGACCUCGGAUGUGAGACAACCACUGGCAGCGGCGGAGCAAGAAAGUAUGCUCCCACCUCGCAGUGUUCAACCGCGGCCACCGCCUACAUUGAUGGAGAGGAGUCAGGGGACCGUUGUUGUGUGUCAAGGCGACGAUCUCCCGGAACGUGAUAUCUCACACACUCCCGCAGCCGAGCGAAGCGCCGCAGACCAUGUCGGCCUCGCAUGCCCCACCGACAGUCUUCCGGGUACCGGCGAGUUACUGACCAUGGACUCUGCGCUCGUUUCUCUACCGGACUUGUCGACGUUGAUAUCCCCAGGUCUACCCCAUGUGUCMCCGCCCAAGCCACAACAGCCUGUUGUCAUGGAGCGUGGAUCGGACAGGUUUGACGUGGCAGGAGGCGAUAUCGCCGAUAUGAUUACGAGCCCAAUGGUGUUUGCCACGCCCACAAUGUUUCGUGUUGGCAAACUACGCGAGGUGGUCCUUGGUUUGGCGGAGACGGCGACGCGACACCGCCGCGACGGUCAGCGCAGCAUCGCACAACGCAGUCUUUCUCAUUCGUUUGACGGCGCAAAGGAAGGGUCUCCUGGUGGGCCAGUUGACACACUCGAAAGAGAAGCAAGACCCCSAARUCCGCCGUCAAACUCAGAGCAUCAUCCSAUUGCCGCGRYURUCGGCGCAGAUGCGGGCGUCCCCGUCACAAACARUGGCGCGGACGCGACAGAACAGCUUGUGGUUGGGUCAUCGRCGACAGCWCGGCGCGACAGAGCCACUGUUUUGCCGACAGUGGCAUUYUAUGCCAGCGGGAAGAGUACUGGGGGGAUGGAUGAGCAGGGAGUCCGGAAUGUUGGCAGACCAUCUGCACCGUCUAUGGGGAAACGAUCCAUUGGGAGUGUGGAUGGUGCUCGGCACACCGCCAUGGCAAAGUUUGAGGACCGACACGGGAGUGCUUUGCCGACGAAGACGUCUGAUGUCCAUGCUACGAGAGCCGCAAAGGCGAGUCUUUCUCGGGCAAGGAAGAAGGUCUCGGCAAGGAAGUGGUCACGUUCAUACUCACAUAUGCGUUCCCGAGAGAGAGGAUCGGGCGUUGUGCAUCUCGAGGACGGAGAGAUUGCACCUGACGGCGACGCAUUGGAUGUUGGAGGGAGGGAUACAAUGACGGCGGAUAUCGUCGGCAGGGAGAGCAUAGGGAAUGCAGUGACGCGGCAGUGUACUUAUCGUCCACGACGACAGCACAGAUGUCGCCCCGGGAGAGACCAUAGGCACUGAUGAUGCAGGGGACUCCGAUUACGUACCCAAACCACGGGCGGCAGAUGGAGAUGAUGGAGGAGGG